CCAAAAGGGUUUUGUGGCUGCAGAAGGGCUGUCGGUCCCUCGGGACCCUCUGCUGGGGCAGCUCUGCUGGCACCCCAUGGAUGGGGCAGCACAGCACAGCAAGGAGCAAGGACAGAGUGAUGGCAGCAGCUGGACCAUUCCUCGAUAUUAAUAGACAUUCCCAAGAAAGCAGCGAGGACAGAGCGGGGAUGGUGCUAAAUAAGGGCGACGGAGCCGGACCGCGCCGAGCCGCGCUGCGCCGUGCCGGGACGUGACAGCCCCGCCGCGAUCCGGGUUCCCAGCGGAGGCGGAGCCGCGCAGGGAGGAUCCCGGGACGAGCAGCGGCGGAGCGGCCAUCGCUCGGCACCGCCCGGAGCGGCCCGGCACAGCGCGGUACGCCGGGGAUGGCCGCCCGCAUCCUGCACCGCCUGCGGCACGCGCUGGGCGCGGACGGCAACCGGGAGGAGCGGACGCACGACGGCGCUGAGACCGAGGACUGUCCCGAGAGCUCGGAGCUGGAGGACGACACCGAGGGGCUGUCCACGAGACUCAGCGGCACCCUGAGCUUCAGCGGGCACGAGGAGGACGAGGACGAGGAGGAGGAGGAAGAGGAGGAGGAGGACGGCGGCGAGGAACUGCCUGCGGGGGAUGCUGCGCAGGACGGAGAGUGGGGCCCGGCGGCGCGGCCCGGCAGCGUGUUGAGCCGGCAGCUGCAGGAGCUUUGGCGGCGGUCGCGGAGCAGCCUCGUGCCGCAGCGGCUGCAAUUCGAGGUCACCAGCGCCAGCGUGGUCAGCGAGCGCUCCUCCAAGUACGUGCUCUACACCAUCUACCUGACCCGCUCCGGGCAGUUGGACAAAGCUCCCGCCUCCAUCUCCCGCCGCUACUCGGACUUCGAGCGGCUGAACCGCCGCCUGCGCGGCCGCUUUGGCUGUGACAUGGCGGCCAUCGCCUUCCCCAGGAAGAGGCUGCGGCGCAACUUCACGGCCGAGACCAUCGCCAAGCGGAGCCGAGCCUUCGAGCAGUUCCUGUCCCACCUGCACUCCAUCGCCGAGAUCCGCCGCUCCCCAGAGUUCCUCGAGUUCUUCUUCCUGCAGGACCUGCGUGCCGCCCAGCGCCUCACCUGCACCGGGAUGUACCGCGAGGCUCUGGCCACAUGGAGCAACGCCUACCGCCUGCAGGACCGCCUGGGGGUCUGCGGCUCCGGCCGCUUCCUCCUGACGCUGGCCGGGCUGGUUGUCUGCCACCAGGAGCUGGACCAGCUGGGUGAAGCCCACGGCUGCUGUGAGCAGGCGCUGCAGCUGCUGGAGGCCCAGGACAGCCACCCGCUGCUUGGGCCUUUCCUCCAGGCUCACGUCCACCUGGCCUGGAAAGUGGGCAAGGAUAAGCGGCAGUCGGAGGCCCGGCUGCAGGGCCUGCAGGAGGCCGGGGUGCCAUUGCAGCAGCAGCCCAGCCUGAAGGAGUGUCUCAUCAAGGAACCUCUGGAGUGAGGCCGGGGGCAAUGGGGUGCAGGACAGUUUGCACUCCGGGGUGGGAGAGGGAGCAGUGAGGGUUGGGAUUGGGCACGGAGGCAGAGUUGUGUUGGCACAGGCUGCACGUGGUGGCUGGGAUCAGGGCUGGCCCCUCUGGGAGCCAUCUCUCAAAAAUGCACUUUCUAUGUCAGUUUUUCCACCGGUGCUGGGUGUUGCUGCCCGCACUGUCAGGAGCCAGCUGCUCCCUGGGGCUCUUAGACAGGACUUUAGCUGAGACACAUUGGCACUGCAUUAAAGGGACAGGAAGGCUCCUGGCCAGGAACUUCCAAAAACAGAAAAUAAAAAGGACUUUAAUAAAGUCUUGGUAGGAGAAAGAACAGG